AUGGGAGCUAGUAACAACUUUGGAGGUGCAGAGUUUCUAAUCCUUUCUUUACGCUUGGAAUUUCUGAAAGAAUUUUCAGCUCAAUCAAGAGCCACCAAGUGGUGUCCUUAUCCGGGUUGUGAAUAUGCUGUUAAUUUUGUUGGUGACAAUGAAAAUUAUGAUGUAUCUUGCCUCUGCUCCUAUGGAUUUAGCUGGAAUUGUACAGAGGAAGCUCAUCGUCCUGUCGACUGUAGCACUGUGGAGAAAUGGAUUUUAAACAACAGUGCUGAGUCUGAAAACAUGAACUGGAUACUGGCCAAUUCUAAGCCAUGUCCAAAGUGCAAGCGGCCUAUCGAAAAAAACCAAGGAUGUAUGCACAUGACAUGCACACCACCCUGCAAAUUUGAAUUUUGCUGGCUUUGCCUUGGUUCAUGGGCGGAGCAUGGUGAAAGGACGGGUGGUUUCUAUGCAUGUAACCGCUACGAGGCAGCUAAGCAAGAGGGAGCUUAUGAUGAAGCUGAGAGAAGAAGAGAAAUGGCAAAAAAUUCUCUGGAGAAAUACACUCAUUAUUAUGAACGUUGGGCAAGCAAUCAGCUGUCGAGGAACAAGGCUCUUGCAGAUUUGAAUCAAAUGCGAACUGUGCAUAUGGAGAAACUUAGUGACAUACAGCGCGAGCCUGAGUCUCAGCUCAAGUUCAUAACCGAUGCCUGGCAGCAGAUUGUUGAAUGUAGGAGAGUUCUAAAAUGGACAUAUGCUUAUGGGUACUACCUGCCAGAGCGUGAGCAAGCGAAGAGGCAGUUUUUUGAGUACUUGCAAGGUGAGGCAGAGUCUGCUUUGGAAAGGCUUCAUCAGUGUGCAGAGAAGGAGCUACUGCAAUUCCUUAGUGCAGAAGGCCCAUCGAAAGAAUUCGUUGAUUUCCAUACAAAGCUAGCUGGACUUACCGGGGUGACUAAAAAUUACUUCCAGAACCUGGUAAUGGCAUUAGAGAAAGGCCUAUGUGAUGUGGACUCUCAAGCAGUUUGCGGUGGGUCAACAAGCUCAAAAAACGUAGGAAGCAGCAAAGCAAAAGGUGGAAGGGGAAAGGUAACCGGUCGAGGUGGUGGGUCCAGCAGAAAUGUAUAGCACGGAUAUUUGGACCAGUGAUCAGUAUCGUACAACAAUUCCACGCCUGCCACAUGUGCCAUCACCGUUGGUGAGUAUUCUAGCUUCCUGUGUUCCCAAGUCUGUUGGAGAAAAGAAGUUAACGCAAGCUAAGAACAAGUGUACAAUAGACGAUGGAUUCUUGGUACGAAAACUAUGAUAGUCUGAAAUGGAAAAAAAUGCAGAUGCCGUUUAGGGUGAAAAAAGGUUGGCCUGUUGGUAUUUGUGUGUGUUGGUGGAAACAUAAUGUGAUUAUUCUGUACAUAACAUCGACGUGCUUAUAAACUAGGGGUUCCACGACCUAAUUUAAGUAUAUUGCAGUUGUCUACUGUGAAUGCCGAUAUGCUGUAUUUAUUUUCGUAUCAGUUUCAGUAACGUUUGUGUU